GAUAACAGGUCAUAAGCGAAAUUUGCUGUUUUUUGUGAAGACAAAGGCCAGAGGUCUCUUAAUGACUGAUUUGAGGGGCCGUCUUACAUGCUUGGGUAGCCCCGUGCUACGUCCGAGUGCCUUAGCCAGUAGAGGCUGCGCGAUUGUUUACAUGUAAGCAGUGAACGAGCACCAACCCCACGGGGACAAGCGGAACAGAUCUUGCACCCAGAGCUGAUGGUGCCGACCACGCCUGUCCCUAUGGAUCAGAUUAUCAAGAUGUGAUAUCCCUGUGACCUCCAGGAGCCAAAAUAUUCUUAGAACAAAGACGUUACAACGAUGGUCUACGUAAUGUGAACUUGGAGAAGAUAAACAUUGAGUCGAACAUAAAUGCCUACCGAAUUCUCCCAUUCAAGUUGUCGAAAAUUGCAGGUGAAAACGAUACCAAGGGCUUUUGACCAGUUGAAUCCAAGGUAGCGUUUGUUGGCACACCUUUUGAAGAUGGGUAUGGAAGGCUGUGGAAAGUUCAUGAAGUGGUCUCUUUUCGGAUUCAACUGCCUUGUUCUGGUGUCCGGUUGCCUUCUCCUGGUCAUCGGGAUUAUCACCAGAGUGAACCAGACAGGGCUGUCCCAAAUAUCGGCUGUUAUUGGCAACCAUUUGUACUCCACCUCCUCCAUCAUCCUCAUUGUGUGCGGUUGUGUCGUGGUGUCAUUCUUUGGCUGCUGCGGAGCUAUCAAAGAAGUCAGGUGCAUGCUUGCAGCUUUCUUCAUUUUGCUGUUGCUCAUCUUCGUUGGUCUGAUCAUUGGUGGGAUCCUAGCUUAUGCAUUCCGCAAUGAUCUCGAAAAGUAUGCGAAACAGAACAUGUACAAAACCCUCAAUACAUCGUAUGGGAUGCCGGACCAAGGUACAACAACAGAAGCCUGGAACUCCAUCCAACAGCUGUUUUCCUGUUGCGGUGUGGAAGGAAAUAUCAAUUCUUCAACGUCUUGGGCAUACUAUAAACUCAACACAGAAUGGUUCAAACAACAGAAAGAAACCCCUCAGUAUGUUCCCAACAGUUGCUGUAAGAGUCAGGAGAAAUAUGAGAAGAACAGGUGUGUCGGGCUAGAGGACCCCCACCUGGCCCCAAAUUGGGGCCCUCCUGUAUCCAAGCAACACUUCAAUGAACAGUUACACACCCAUGGUUGCUUCACAAAACUGAUUGUGUUAUCCAGGACAAUGCCAUAAUAAUUGGUGGUGUAGCAGCAGCAGUUGGAGGUGUCAUGAUUUUGGGAAUGAUUUUUGCUGUGUGUCUUUGUCGAGCCAUACAGGAUGAGUAUGAUGUGGGAUAAAGACAUUGGGACUAUAGACCAGCAUAGCUUAAAAUUGUCCCUAAAUUGUGCCGAAAAAGUUUCCGCUCCCAUUGUUUCUCCUCUGAUCAGACUGUGAAGGAAUCCAACCGUUUCAUUUCAUGUGACAGAGUGCAUCAUUAGCGGCUAGCAUUGUAUAUCCAGAAGUCAGACAGAUCUCCGGGAUUAGGAACAUUUCAAAAACCUAUGGAAACGUGCUGGUGGUAUUUCACCAGAUAACAUUGGCUGGAGAAAACCCUUACCUACCAUAAAAAGAACUCAGUAACUGGCCAGGACAGUCAGUGGGCGUGACUCAACCACCGGAAGCAGAGGGACAAUUAUGGUUUCAGUUCACAGUGAAGAGAUAGAGAUACAUAGUAGCCUAACCAAACAGGGUACUGCGACGGUAGUGCAAUAGGCCUAUAGCCCGUCAUCAGUGAUGCUAUUACUCAUACUAGGCCAACAGAUUCCAUCACAAACUAUAUAAAGAACAUAAUUUAUACCUGUAAAUACAUGUCGAAGUAUUUUGUCAGCAUAAAGUCCACUGAUACCAGGAAAACGUCUAUGUACUGUGAUAGUUUUCUGCACAAUUAUAUAUACCGGUAGAUAUUUAGCACGUAUAAUAUGAAAAUAUGUAUAUUGAUUAUUUAAGGCGGAGUCGGUGGUAAAAUUCUCCUCUCAAAUGUCAUGAAAAUAACACAUAUUCUAGUCAAUUGAAAUACUGGUUCAGACACUAAAACACAUGCUGUGUGUGCCAUGUGAACGAUCAUGUGCCGUAAUUGCACGAGGGAUCAUCUAGAGAGAGAGAGAGAGAGCUCAGUUUAGCUUGUGCUCUGUGAGCAUGCAUGCACUCUAGUGUCCUCUCUACUCUAGUAGGCCUACAAACAGGCUUUGCGAACCAUUACACAAGUCGUUAUGUCGUCAGCGUAUGUAUACUGGUGUUUUCAUUCAUAAAUCAUGAAUAUUUCAUUCGUGUGAGGCAAGUUAAAGGGCAGAGGACCACGACCUGUCAUCUUAGGCCCAAUGCACCCUCCAAUUUAUAUCACAUUGGGUUUUGAAGGACAUGAUGACCAUCAAGCUGUAGAAUUCACCCUGAUAAUCAUUCCAGAGUCCCUCAUCCCCAACUGGCUGAUUUUGCCUGAAUAUUGAAUUACGUGUGACAAAACUCCUCGUUGGUGAUAUCAAGACAUAGUAAACGACUAAAUCAAGAAGAAAGACAAUGCUAGAUAACGAGUACAGUCUCCAAAAGCUUACACUCUUUGAUAAUGUUUGACUGAAUUUUCACUCGUGUUGAAAUUUAAAGAGUAGGCUCUCUGCAGCCAUUUUGUCUGUAAAGGGAUGUUGAUGCCUUUGUCAUAUCUAAACUGAUCCGGAGUAUUUAAGGGGAUGUAACUCUUGUAUUCUUUCAUAGGAGUGAUGUCAUUAAUGGAUUAAUGGAGAUCCACAUAUACCAAUAACUACGUUGAAACACAUAAUACAAAGAAUUUACACCUUUCAUAAAUAUACACACGAUGGAUCGCAUCUAAUGUUAUGUUAACUGACUGAUAUACAAAUGUGUGCUUAGAUUGUCUACGUGUACAAUCAAGGUGUGAAGGGAGGGGGUGUACAACACUCAGUUGUUUUAUAGGACUAAGGGUACAAGAGGUACAAGUUUAACCCAGGCCUUGGGUGGGAAAAUUUGUAGAUCCUCUGGCUUUCUCUAAUUUUCUGUGGAUCCCUGGUGACAUUUAACACCCAGCAGCACUUGCAGGACUGUUUGCAGUCUUAAAUUUACGAGGACCACAUGUUUGUUUUUCACUAAUGUGGCAUACAAGUGUAUUGGACAAACAUGGAAAAUAUUGUUAGCACAAGUUUCCUCAUCCGUAACAUUGAUCACUGUUGUCAAAGUGACAGAGUAUCUUGUUGAACAACAAUCAGAUAAAUAAAAUAAAGAUAAGGGCUUAACAGCACCUCUACAACAAUGUGGGCCACAUUAAUAGAUAUGGGCUAACCCUGUUGUCUUGUGAGUAUUUUACACACAAUUCUGUUAUUGGUGAAUGCAAAAUUAAUCCACCUGUUCUUCAUGUGUUUCUGAUGUUUCUCUGAUAUGGAUGAUUACAUCAAUUUAUUGUUGCAUGUUGUCUUAAUAUUUACAAGUGGUUUUACAUUAGUCAACUGGUAUUCUGCCUCUGUAGCAAUUUGAUCUUGCAACGAAAAAUACAAGAUGGUAUAUGUAGUGAUUGGUAAUUUAUUAAGAUGUAACAAGAGAACUGUGGAAGGUAUAUCUAGUCUGUAAUUUGUGUGAUUGUUUGUGCAGGCGAGUCUCAUGAAGUCAGCAAGCACAAAACUUGAGCAUGCAGUUAUAUAUAUGUAGGUUCUCACAAAAUACUUGCAAAUAAUACCUUUGUUUGGAAGAAUGGUGCAAAUCUUGUAGUAUCAAGACAUUUUUUUUCUUUUUUUUUUUCUUUUGUUUUGCCAUGUUCAGAAAACAUACCUCAUCCCAAGCAACCAGUUCAGGCAUACAGUACUGUUCCACAACUCUGCCACUCGACCAGUGCUCACCGUAAGGUUGCUAUUAGUUGUUAACACGACCUUGUUAUCAUUCACACUAUAUUAGACAAUGUUGAACUCUGUGCAUUUGUUUUCAAUAGACUCAAUAAACAAAUGGU